UCUCUGUAUAAAACGGCUCCUCUUCCACACACGGAUUACACUACACGCGCAAAGUCACUGCGGCUCUGUUUUUUUUUUUCCCCCCAACCAAAGCAAAUCACAAAACCCCUUCAAAACCAAUAUGCAGGCUUCAGAAAAUGCCAGCUUUUGGAGAUUUUUUCUAUUUUCUUGCCUCUUUUUGCAGAGUUCAUGCCAAGACUUUGGAGGACAGACGCAAUUCAUUUGCACCUCGGUCCCGAAGGAUGUGGACAUAUGUGCAGCCACUUUGCAGAACAGCGUCCCCGGUGAGGACUUGAAAAGCACCGUGGUGCAGCUGAGGGAGACGGUCCUGCAGCAGAAGGAGACCAUCAUGAACCAAAAAGAGACUAUCCGAGAAUUGACCUCAAAGUUGGCGCGGUGCGAGAGCCAGAGCGGCUCUGAGGCAGGGGACCUGCGGCCCGGGGGCAGGAGGAAAGAGGCUGGGACCAAAAACACCAUGGGGGAUGUAUCCAGGGGCCCCGCCGACACUUUGGCGCAACUCUCACAGACUUUACAGUCCCUCAAGCAGAGAUUGGAGAAUCUUGAGCAAUUCAGUCGAAGUAACAACUCGGUGCAGGCCAACAGCCUCAAAGACCUGCUCCAAAGCAAAAUCGACGACUUGGAGAAGCAGGUGUUGUCCCGAGUGAACAGCAUCGAGGAGGGGAAACCUGGACUCCGGAAUGAGACAGAGCAGCGUGGGAGAGUUGAGUCCACCCUCACGUCGCUGCACCAGAGAAUCACAGACCUGGAGAAAGGUCAGCGGGAAAACAGGCCUCUGGAUAAAUUCCAGCUUACUUUCCCACUGAGAACCAACUACAUGUACGCAAAGGUGAAGAAGAGUUUGCCUGAGAUGUACGCCCUCACCGUUUGCAUGUGGCUCAAGUCCAACGCCUCCCCAGGAGUGGGCACACCUUUCUCUUAUGCCGUUCCUGGACAGGCCAACGAGUUGGUCCUCAUUGAAUGGGGAAACAACCCGAUGGAGAUACUCAUAAAUGAUAAGGUUGCAAAACUGCCCUUCCUGAUCAAUGAUGGCAAAUGGCAUCAUAUCUGUGUGACGUGGACCACGCGCGAUGGGGUUUGGGAAGCUUUCCAAGAUGGCGUCAAAAGGGGGAGUGGUGAGAAUCUGGCGCCAUACCAUCCUAUCAAACCUCAAGGCUUGCUGAUCCUGGGUCAAGAGCAGGACACGUACGGAGGAGGAUUCGACGCCACACAAGCUUUCGUCGGAGAUCUGGCCAACUUUCACAUCUGGGAUCGGAAACUAUCCGUGGGAGAGAUUUAUAAUCUGGCAACGUGCAGCAGCAAAGCGCAAGUGGGCAAUGUUUUCGCAUGGCUGGAAACAAGCCUGGAGAUUUACGGAGGCGCCUCAAAGUGGACAUUUGAAGCUUGCCGCCACCUCAACUAAAGCACGGGAAAGAAAAGAUCAGUGAAUAUGUUGAGGCCACCGUGGUCACAAAAGUCAAUAAAAGGAAUUUGAUGCAGUCAGAGGCAAAUAUUUUAGUGGCUAGAAAUCGGAGUUGUUCUAGAUACUCCAAAGAAAUGUGGGCCCAGGUUCUCUCUUUGGGAAAUAUCAAAAAAAAAUGGAGACUUAUUUGGUGCUUUAAUGCACGUUUGUAUGUGGUCUCACUUGUCUGAGAAGAUAAUGAAAGAUGGAGAGCUGUAGGAGGUCAUGUAGUCUUUGUGAGAAGAUGUCAUACAACCCACCAAAACAACUUCCUCUCGUGAUUCCUUUCCUUUUCUUGACUGCCAGGGACUUUCACUGUGACAGUGGACAAGGUGGACUUCUUCAAGAGAACGAGUUCCUCAACAGACCAUUUGGUUUCUCCCCUUCUUUUCAUUCUCUACCGCUGACUGCUUUGUGUGAAGGGUGACAAGUCCAUUGCCAACGUUCAAGCCUGAGUGCCUUGGGCUGUUGAAAAGAAUCUCAGCACAUUCAUGAGUGCGUGUGCGUGUGUGUGUUCCUGUUUAUUUUCGUGUAAUUUAAUGCGACAUAAAGGUGUCUAUGGUAACACUUUAAAUGAGACGGGCUUGUCCUGAAAUGCAAUCCAUGAGUGAUGAUGAUGAUGGAACAUUUUGCAGAUGUUUGUACAUUACCGGGAAUGUUCUCUGUACAGUAACAGCAUGUCUUAACUUCUGUAAAUGCUGCGUCAGCAUCUAUGAUCUUUGCUUUUCCUAUCUGACUUUUGGGGUGGAGAUUUUAUACUGCAUUGUUAUAUGCUUAAAGCAUGGCGUCACUGACAGAUGAAAAAGUUCUAGUUUUUGUAAUAAAUUGUGAUACUUGACUCAAAACUGU